UUAAGGCAGCCGACACCGCAGCCGACAUCAGGCAGCCGACACCGCCGCGAAGUUGCUACGCGCUAGUGUGUUGUGAGCAGGCGUAAGGGUGGUGUGUGAGUGUGGCUGUGUGGUCUCGGACAACUGAAGCGGACCAAAACACCGAUUAAGCUGAGUUACUUGACUAGUGUCUCUUGGUGUCGAGAAUGUCACCUCAGAGAGCACUGUUCCUCAUCCAUAGGAAUCUGAGAAUUGGGUCAGGAUGGAGCAAACGCCCUCUAAGUUGUCCACAGACACAUCCCUAUCUUCCACCUGGCCAUUGCUGCCCUCUGCCAUCCCUUGUCAUCAACACUGUUCGUGCUUUGUCAUCUGAAGCACCAGGUGGGCCAAGCUGGGGUACACCAACAGCAGAUAACAGUCGGUAUGACAAUCUUCAUGUGACCUUCAGGGAUGGUGUUCGCACAAUCACUUUCAAUAGGCCCGAAAAGAAAAAUGCUGUCACUGAGAAGAUGUUUGCAGAUGUUGUUUGUGCCUUAGAAGAAGCUGUCAAGGAUCCAGACACUGUAGUGACAGCCACCACUGGAGCUGGCACUGUUUUCUGUGCUGGGAAUGAUAAGACAAACUUUCAGAACUUGACAAUGAAGCAGGUUGAAGAACUUUUGACCAGACACAUGGCAGCUUUUAUUGACUUCCCCAAACCUCUGGUGGCUGUAGUGAAUGGGGCUGCUGUUGGGGUUGGCACCACUCUUCUGCCACUCUAUGACAUCGUGUAUGCUAGUGAGAAGGCUGUAUUUUUCACACCAUUCUCAAGCUUGGGCAUCACAGUUGAGGGAUGUUCUAGCUUUACCUUUCCACGCUUUAUGGGUCAGGCGAAGGCUUCUGAAAUUCUGUUGUUCAAUAAAAUGGUCACAGCAAAAGAAGCAUAUGAACUUCACUUGGCAACAGAGGUAUUUCCAGCUUCUAAUCUUUAUGAAGAGGUGUGGCCUCGCUUACAGGCCAUGGCAAAACUUCCCCAGAAGUCUCUCAUCUACAGCAAAGCCCUAACUAGGGAUGUGAUUAAAGACGCACUACACAAGGUUAAUAUUGCAGAGUGCAAGAGAGUGACUGAACGCAUUAUGGUAGAUAAGGUAACUAAAGAAGAAUAUGAUAAGUAUGUUGUUGACAACUUCUAAGGUGAUCAUUCUCUUACCAAGUGAAAUGAGUAAUCAGAUACAAUUCUUUUAAAUGCUGUACAUCUUUGAGAAAGAGAUUCUGUAUACUUAGUUUCAGAAGUGUGUAUGUAUAUGAAAACUACCUUCACAGUAUAAACAAGAAUACUUUUUAAAAUAGAAAUGUGGGAUUCAAGGAUGAAAUGUUUAGUGUUCUUGCAACAAAGAAUAAGUGUAAAUAAAAAAAUAGCAUAUAUAUAUAUAUAUAUAUAUUAUAUAUUUUUUUUAAAUUGUGAAUUAGUUGGUAGAUACCAUUGCAUACUGUAGACUUUACCUUUUUUAAGACUAUAACAAUUGUGUGUGUGUGUGCAUUUUAUAAAAGUUUGAUUGAAAACCAGGUAAACCUUUCUAUUAUUAUCUUAAACACUCUCUUUAUCUUAUGCCUAUUUAAAAAAAAAAAAAACUACCUAUGGAAGGCUAGAACAACACACACACACACACACACACAUAUAUAUUACAUGUAACAAAUUUUUCAAAGGUAUAAGGGAGCCCUCAAGGGUACUUAAACAAAUAUUCUUAUACACUCAUUUAUUCGACGUAAUGACAUAAAAUCAAGUGUUUCUCAGUGUUGUUAUUGAGCAGAUAAAAUAUCAUCUGUACAUGGAGCUGGGAGACAGUAGAGAAAGGAAGGUUGCUCCCUCCUGUGUUACUGGAGUGAAGUAUAAUUGACUUCCUGCUCAUAAUAACUAAGCAGUUAGCCAGGGAGUUUAUUGUUACAGGAAAAGUACUCAUAGCUGGAAUAUGAGACAAAGUGACAGUAAAUAAAGAAGAAAAUGAAGAAGUAUAAUGAUUCUAUUGAGGUUUUAAACUCAGAAUUGUUCGGCAAGUAAAAAUUCACCUAUACAAAAUAUUUCAUUGGUGCUAAUAUCUAUUAAUGGAAUUUUAUUGAAAGGUAUUUCCAAUAUUCUCAGGGCAAUGUAUUACAGUCAUUUCAAUUAGUAGAAAGAUUAUCUUCCAAACUGAUAUAGUUUUUCACUUCAAUUUGAACUGUUACUGCUAAAAUUAACAGAUAUUAAAUAAUUUGUACUAAAAAUAAAAAUUAACACCUGAGUAACUUUUUGGAGCCUAAAUGGUAAUUUGAUACAGACAGUUUCUUCAUUUUUAAUAAAGAGAUAUGUAUGAUAUGUAAGAUUAUACCUCAGGAGGUGCUUCUGUUGAAAAAUGCUGUAGUCCAGUUCAAAAGAUAAUGUCAGUAAUGGCUGUACACAAAAUUAGACAUCUGAAGGGACAUCAGAUGAAUCAGGAGCAUUAAAAUGUCCUGAGUAAUUAAAUAAUAUAUUUAGCAUAUUUACAAGAGCAAAUCAAAGGAAAUAUUGGGCAGAGAGAACAAAAUUAACGAGGAAAAUGUUCAUAAAAGAAAACUUCUAUCCACAUCACUCAAAACAAUACUUGACAGGAAACGAAGAUCGGCACAACGUGAUGAAUUUGAAGAUCAUACAUGGCUUUCAUUUUCAUAUUCUAAUGCAACACAAGACACAAUAUCUGGUGACAUUACACAAUGAUAGAAUGAUACACAUGUACAAGUGUGUGGCCUACAAAACAAAGGCUGCUGUGUCAUACCAGUAGUGGCAGCUAGAAUGAGAUAACAUCUUGGGGUGGCCUGGUUAGAAUUUAAGAAAAAAAUUCCUUUAUAAUUGCAUGGAAAUGGGGCUGUUUGAUUGUACUUUUUAAUUUUGUCACUAUUUUCCUUAUGAAGAAAGGAGUAAGUUUUAAAAGUACAUUACUGCAACUCUUCAAAGACUGCAUUGUACCCACAACACAAUACAAGGCCCCACUCAGUAAAUGACAGUUAAGCACAGGAGUACACAGACAGACCACCUUUAGUGCACACGUCUACACAUAAUGUACAACUCUGAACAUGAAUUCCCUCCCCCUUGGCCAUACAUGUGUAUUUAUGCAUGAUCCUUAUGCAGCCGGUAUAACAGAUAAGAGUUUAGCUUGUAAUAUAUUAUGAACUUAUUAAGUAAUUAAUGGUGUUAUGAGCCUUUAAGGAGUUCUUGCCAGAUUGAAAAGAAUACUUUACCAUUUUACAUAAGUUUAAAUACAUUGGUUAUAUUUCAAGUUACUUGGUUAUAUUUCAAGUUUAGAAAAUUUCAGCUAUGGCUCAGUACACUUCCAAGCCAAGCUAUGACACAAACAAUAAUUAAGAGAUGCUGGGAAACUGGAGAAGCAAAUAAGCUGUACUUUAAUGACAUGAAAUAUUAUGAUCUGUACAUUGAUUCUCACAAUGGAUCUUUCCUCAUUAGAAAAAAUAUUCAUCACUGUGAGGCAUCUCUAUUACUAAUUCCUCCCCAAAAUAACUUUUGUGGUGUAACUAAAGUGUGAAUAUCUGCUCAUCAGUAUGCACAUAUUCUCAUAUGAUUUAAUAAUCUUAUCACCAUAAAUCAAUAGGGAAGUAACAAAAAUAACAUGAAAGAUGUUUCAAUUUGACUCAGUCCAGAACUUAACUAACAACUAGCUACUUUAGUGGCCUGUCCUGAAAUUAAGAGAGGACAGUGCUAAGAAACUGUUGUUUGGAGCUUAAUAAUGUCUAUAAAUAUUAAGAAAAUUACACAUGGUGGGAACAAAUAUCAGGAAUUUUUCAUAUCAAAAUAAAUACAUAAUUGAGGAGGAAGGCAGAAACAUCUAAGUGAUUACAUAACAGUGAGGCCUACACCAUGCAGAUAACAUUAUGUACAUUGUACAUGUCACUUACUGGAAUAAACAAGUGCUAUAUACAUUCGUUAUAUAUGCAUCAUUACCAGGACACAGCCUGUCCUGAGCAGCGGUCCUGCCUGCAGCUCUCCCUACAACGUGACCACAGGCAGUGGCUGCUGGAACCUCUCAUUUCUUUUGAACAAUUAAUACUGUCCUGUUUUAUGCCCAAUGCCUGAAAACAUACAAGGACCAACCCAACACUUGAAAAAUGAUGUAACAAGUGUGUGAAUGAUACAUCCACAAAGGUCAAUCCUGUAAUACCAAAUGCAAUUAGAAGCACUGGAUAGAAAUGUGGUGAUGGAAUUAUUUUAUACAAGUCAAGUAAAUCUUCUUUACCUGAAUGGCUCCUGUGUUUGCAAGUGGCAUGAGCAUAAAAGCACUUAUCCUUUGCUAAAUUUAGUUAGCCAUUCUGCUGUUCUCUCAUAUAUUAUAUAACUCCUUCCAUCAAUUAUACAUUCAAGUAAACCUAAUAUUUCACUAAAAGUAUGUUACUCAUUAUAUGAACUUAUUCAACUAUUAUAGCUUCUGCAAUUCAAAUAUUCAUUAACAAAUUUCAUUAAUAUGGAAAUAAGGAUAUAUUUUCUGUAAAAAUACACAUAUAUUGGAAAUUUAAAGAAUUUUACUACAAACAAAUAUGUCUUUAUUAAACAUAAGGCUCAUAAUAAAUGAAAAAUAAACAUGAAGAAUUUUUUUGCAGGGAAAAAUGUGGCUAUCAUUAAGAGGACUUUUAAUGCCACCCAUAGAAAAAUUGGGAGGGGGAGUAACACCACAACUGAAAUUUAUGCUCUGUAUAAAAACAAUAUAUAAUAAUAAUGACAGUAGUAGUAGUAGUAGUAGUAGUAGUAGUAGUAGUAGUAGUA